AUGGCGACCAGGGAGGCGAAGGCGACCAAGGAGGCGAAGGUGGUUCCCGCCGGCGACGCCGACGCCGACGGCGAGGAGCUGGUCCCGGCGCUGGCCUCGCUCGAGCCGGUGUACGGCGCGGGGCCGGCGCUCGACGAGGCCCGCCUCCGCUUCGCCCGCCUCGCCGACCGCUUCCGCGCCCUCUACUCCGCCGGCCCCGCCCUCUUCGCCCGCUCCCCAGGGAGGGUGAAUCUCAUCGGGGAGCACAUCGACUACGAGGGCUACUCGGUGCUGCCCAUGGCCAUCCGCCAGGACAUGAUCGUCGCCAUCCGCAGGGCCGACGCCGGCCUCGUCCGCGUCGCCAAUGUCGACGACAAGUACGCCACCUGCGUCUACCCCGCCGACCCGGACAAGGAAAUUGACAUCAAGAACCACAAAUGGGGCCACUACUUUAUGUGUGGAUACAAGGGAGUAUACGAAUAUGCUAGGUCGAAAGGGAUAGAUAUGGGUGAACCUGUUGCUCUUGAUGUUGUUGUUGAUGGCACAGUCCCUCAAGGAUCUGGACUUUCAAGCUCAGCCGCAUUUGUCUGUUCAGCAACAAUUGCUAUCAUGGGAAUUCUCGGGAAAAACUUCCCAAAGAAAGAAGUCGCUCAAUUUACUUGUCAAUCUGAGCGUCAUAUUGGGACACAGUCAGGUGGUAUGGAUCAGGCUAUAUCUAUCAUGGCCAAACCUGGAUUUGCUGAGUUGAUAGAUUUCAAUCCAAUCAAAGCAACCGAUGUGCAACUACCCUCUGGUGGUACAUUUGUGAUUGCUCACUGCUUGGCAGAGUCCAAGAAAGCAGAAACAGCUGCUACAAACUACAACAACCGUGUUGUAGAGUGUCGCUUGGCAGCGAUUGUUCUCGCCAUCAAACUAGGGAUGGAUACAAAAAAGGCCGUCACGUCUGUUACAACCCUCUCUGAUGUUGAGGGGCUAUGCGUCUCCUUUGCUGGCAAAGAAGGUUCUUCUGAUCCCGGAGUUGCUGUGAAGAAGCUAUUGCAUGAGGAGCCAUAUACGUUGGAGGAAAUAGAGAAAAUUACAGGUCAAAGCCUAGCAACUGUCUUCCAAAGCUCUCAAACUUCCUUGGAUGUUUUGAGAGCUGCGAAGCAUUUCAAGUUAUUUCAGCGUGCCUCUCAUGUGUACUCUGAAGCAAGGCGGGUGUACGCAUUUAGGGAUACUGUAUUAUCGAAACUCAGCGACGAAGGUAUGCUUAAGAAGCUCGGUGAUCUAAUGAACGAUAGCCAUCAUAGCUGCAGUGUGCUGUAUGAAUGCAGCUGUCCCGAGUUGGAAGAGCUUGUGAAAGUGUGCCGGGACAACGGGGCACUCGGAGCGCGGCUCACAGGAGCCGGGUGGGGCGGCUGCGCAGUCGCCCUGGUCAAGGAGGGCAUCGUCCCACAGUUCAUCCUCAAUUUGAAGGAGAAGUACUACAAAUCAAGGGUCGACAGGGGAGUGAUCAAGCAGAGCGACCUUGGCCUGUAUGUGUUUGCGUCGAAGCCGUCGAGCGGCGCAGCCAUACUGAGGCUGUAG